CUGCGGUUCCUUAGCAACGCGGUAAAAAAAAAAAAAAAAAAUUGCGCUGACGUCCAUUCUGCUCGGGAGUAUUAUGGUCUGUCGGGAAUUCAGAGUGGCUGGGACCGGAGAAAAAUAUCAGCUCGUUAGCUAGCGUUCACCAAGCUAACGGGAGGUAGCACCGGAGCAAACAUGGAGCUGUCCGCCGUCGGGGAGAGGGUGUUCGCCGCAGAGUCGAUCAUCAAACGGAGGAUAAGGAAGGGGCGGGUUGAAUACCUCGUGAAAUGGAAAGGCUGGUCUCCCAAAUACAGCACUUGGGAGCCAGAGGAGAAUAUUUUGGACUCCCGCCUGUUUGCUGCUUUUGAGGAGAGGGAGCGUGAGAGGGAGCUGUAUGGGCCCAAAAAGAGAGGACCAAAACCCAAAACAUUUCUGCUCAAGGCUCAGGCUAAAGUUAGGGCCAAGUCCUAUGAGUUCAGAGGCGACGCCGUCCGAGGGAUGCACAGCACCUACCCGACCCCGGAGCCGGUUGUCACCCCCAGGGCCCGAGAGGGUCUGAGAGCCGUUGUCCCCACCAUCUUCCCACCCAGCACCGUCAACCGUGGAGAAAGCGUACGCGUUCGACCACCAGAACUGAGCACCCGUGAGUACCAGCAGCCUUCCCUUCAGCAAACCAGUCCAGACGGGCUCAUCCACAUACCCAAAAAGAGAGGCCCGAAGCCUAAGCCCCGCUUCAAGGACAGCAGCUGCAGCCCCGCGGUCUUUGAACACCACAAGAGAAGGGCAGAGGAGCAGGUGAGCUACAGCCCUCACAAACUGGCUAAGUUCCAGGGGGACGAAGAGAUGAGGCUCUUCAAAGUGGCCCACAGACAUCCAGAGAUCCACGGUCAUAAACACCACCAUCACAACCACCACCACCAUCACCACAACACACACAACCGGGGAAUGUCCGGUGCGAGCUCCUACAAGCAGCUCUACUCAGACCGCAGCCUGCAUCCACACAGAACAGACAAGGACACACACAGGACUAAGGACAGCUCCACCUACUUGGCGCCUGUACACUUCAAGCACCAGUCCAAAAUGAACCAGAGCCCGAGUCGCCCCGCCGAGCUUCCACGGAUGGAAAAGCCUUACUUCUUGGACAGGCCCUCCCCGACCAGGCUCGAUGUUAACCUGGAUGAAGUGACGUGGAGGCCCUCCAUCGGCAAUGUGGAAAAGGUCUUGGUAACGGACGUGACCACCAACUUCCUGACCGUCACCAUCAAGGAGAGCAGCACUUCUCAAGGAUUCUUCAAAGACAAAAGAUUGCUUGACUAAUAUCCUCCUGCCACGCUUUGCUUUCUCUGACUUGCAUCAGAAUCAUUCUGAAGCUUAUAGGACAUAGUGUGAUUAUUGAGCAAAGCCGUUUUUGUAUUUAGUGUAUUAAAGCAAAUUACAUAAUGUGCUUAUGUGUAUAUAUUAUAAAGUUGGACGUGAUCUGUUUAAUGUAUUGACCAAAUCAAAUUAAUUCCAUUUCACAUCUUGCAUUGGUUGGAAGUGAACAUGAACAGAUUGCAUGUUUCUUUUGCAGCAGCCGGCUACUUUCUGUACAGAGCUUGUGAAUUUUACUAAUUUGCAAUUGUAACUAACUAGAAUGUAUUUUUUUCACUCUCAUAUCUUCCACUGUGAGCUCAUUUAUGAGAAGUGAGGCGAUGCUUAGAUGAAUAAAUUAAAUCCGUUGAUUGAUUAUUUCUCUAGAAUUUGAACCGAUUAGACUGAAUAGACCGUUCAAUUCACUUAGGUCGAUAUUUAAAAAAAAAAUGUACUCAAGCACUUUGAAUUCAAAAGUAUUAAACAAGAAUCCGUUUCUGUUGCAUUCAAAGACCCAGACUGUAAUGUCUCUAACAUUUGUAAUUGUAAGAUAACGUAAUCAAUUAAAUGCGGACACGCUACGAGUUUUCCAGAGGUGUGUGUAACAUUUUUCAAUUAACAUGGUAUAUUUUACAUUUUCAUAGAAAAAGUUCAUAACGCUUUGAUGUAAAACGAUAAUUACAGAGUUGGUGUCGAUUUGCUUUUUAGACGCUUUCCAAUAAAUAAUUUGAAUUUUCU